AUGCUUGCCGCCCGUCCCUGGUCUCCAUGGCUGCGCUGGCUUGUGACGGCGGGGCUGCGCGCGCAGAGGCUCGAAGGGGCUGGGAGGGGCUUCCACAAGGCAACGGUUCGCAUGACUUCAUGCCCGCUGGACGCACGGCGCGGAGGGACGUCGACGAGGCCUGCGGAUGCGGUGAUGGCAAGCUCUAGAGGUGAGCGUCCCAGGGCUCGACGCCAGGCUGGCCCUCGACAACGGUGCAUCGGGAAGGAUCGUUGCGCGUGUGAUGCCCACAGCAAAGCUGCAUUAUCACAGCGCCCUAUUGACAUCCACUGGGACGCCCUGACGGGCGGCCCUGAUGGAGUUGCCCGUGCCGAGACCAUUCGAGCAUUCAUCCAUGAGAGGUUUCAGCAGGUGACGCUGCCGCGCUUCAUCCGUUCCGUCAAGGUCCACUCCUUUGACUUUGGCAGCGUGCCCCCGGAGCUUGAGCUGAAGGACAUCUGCGACCCGCUGCCGGACUUCUACGAGGAGGAUGACGACUAUGGGAGCGAGGAUGAGGAAACCGCCGACCACGUUUCAGCCCAGGUCGAGAGCAUGCACCUCGACCCCCCCAAGUCCUUCAAGGAGCGCCGCCUCAGGGGACUGGAGGUGAAAGACCUCGAUGGCCAAACCCCCCCCGUGCGGACACAUGUUCCGCCGCACGUAGAAACCAGAGGGCCAGGCUUGCGUUCGACGCUGGCACCAGGCGAGCAGCUUGGAAGCCCUCUGAUCUCCAGAGCACCCACUCCCGGCAUCCCAGGCGGAACGUCCAACAUGAGCUACUUCCAUCUCCCUCUUGGAGCUGGUAUCUCGGGUGCCACUACUCCGCUCGCUGCUGUGGCUGGUGCCCAGUAUCAGAGCUGGCCAGACAGCCAUCAUUAUGGUCGGUUCUUACACGAGCACGGCAACCGUCGGCCCGAUGCUACCUCCAUCAGUUCUCUCACCCCUCCCCCCUCAACCGCUGAUCCAGGCUCGCGUCCACCGUCACAGCAUCACAAUGAGCCCACGAGACAUCCAAAAGCUGACACUGAAGAGUCCUCAUCAUCUCACAUACAUCACAAAAGUCCCUCUCCGUCGCCACCACCGCGAAUGAGGGAGAAGAGCGUCAACGACAUGCAGGUUGUCUCACAUGUUAAGUACUCCGGGGACAUCAAAAUCUCUCUCACAGCAGAGAUCUUACUAGACUACCCGAUGCCAAGCUUCGUCGGCAUUCCUUUGAAGCUUAAUAUCACAGGCUUGACUUUUGAUGGCGUGGCCAUUUUGGCAUAUAUCAAAAAGCGGGCGCACUUUUGCUUCCUGUCGCCGGAAGAUGCAGAGUCACUCGUGGGCGGCGAGUCUUCUCUGGACAGCAUGCCUAGCGAUUCACAAUCCUCCGAUCACCCGAGCAUACGGCUCCCCAAAAUUGGUGGUCUACUUGAGCAAAUCAAGGUCGAGAGCGAAAUCGGCCAAAAGGAGAACGGAAAACAGGUUCUCAAGAACGUCGGAAAGGUGGAGAAGUUCAUUCUCGAGCAAGUCAGGCGCAUCUUCGAAGACGAGUUCGUCUACCCAAGCUUUUGGACAUUCCUUGUGUGA